AUGAUCACCAAGAAACGCCCACGUUCCCCUUCUCCCAGGGAGAAGGUGAAUCCAUCUUCCAAGAAAGGGUCGAGCGAGCAGCGUCCCCGACACCGUUCACAGUCCCCUCGGCCAAGAAGGAAAUCUAGAUCACCUCCGGCCAAGCACGACGACAACCGGAGGCGACGCAGGCGUAGCCAGAGCAGAUCUUUUUCUCCAUCCGCCAGCGACGACGAAGAGGAGCGCCAUGGUCCUCUAUCCCAGUCAAUCUUAGAGGUUCCCCUGCCAACCGGUCUCGAAAAACCCCCUCCGCUAGGGACCUACGACGGGACCACCGAUCCGGACGAACAUAUUGAGAACAUCGACGCCCUUCUCGACUACAGAGGAGUGCCCGGCACCAUUAAAUGCCGUUUGUUCCCGACCACCUUGCGAAAAGGAGCCAUGACUUGGUAUACAAGUUUGCCCGACGAGUCCAUCACAUCAUGGAGGGUGCUCGGAAAACUUUUUUCCAGACAUUUCACGGCCUCCCGAAGGCACCCCAAGUCAGAAGCCUUCUUGGAAGCCAUUAUCCAAGGAAAGGACGAGUCUCUACGGGCGUACAUAGAAAGAUUCAAUAAGGAAGCCGUACAAGUAUCCACCACUACCCAUAUGAAGAAAUUCUUGCUCGAGCGCGGCCUCCGACCACGCUCGGAAUUUGCUAAAGCCGGCGGAAUUGAAACUCCAGCCACUCUUGACGAAUUCUUCCUCAAAGCCCAAGCCUACAUUCAAUAUGAGGAGAAAGAAGCCGCCCACGCCGUCCGCAAUUCCAGGCACGAAGAGAGCAGUAAAACUACGCGCCAAGAUGAGUCUCGCCGGGGAACUGACAAAAAGAAAGAUGAUAAAACUCGGGACCCCAAGGACUACAAAUCUCCUGCGGGGAAAUUCCGAGAGUACACCCCGCUGAACGCCUCAAGGGAGCGCAUAUUGAACGAAUGCGCAAACGCCGAGUUUCAGACGGGAAAGGUCCGAUUCCCUAAGAGCAUGCCCGCCCGACCAAACGUUGAUAAAUUGAAAUUCUGCAGAUUCCACAAAGGCCACGGGCACAACACCGAAGAUUGCAUCCAUCUUAAGGAUGCCAUAGAGAUAUUAAUCAGGGAGGGACAUCUGAAACAGUAUGCGAAGAAGCAGGAGGCCACUAGAGAAGCUAAACCAGUCACCGAGGAAAAGCCGGCGGAAGAUACGCCCACCAUGCAAGUGGCCAUGAGCGUUACCAGGCCGGAAGAUUUUUACCUCCAUGACUGGGCCAACGCAGCAACCACCUAUUCCUCCCAUAGCACAUGGGAAAGUUUCCCGUCCGCAAUGGUUAUAUCAGGCGAAGGUUUCAGCAAACUGACCGUCGAAUCCGUGAAACGCAAGUUCGACGAGCUAAUCUUGGCCAGCGCGAACGUAGCCUCGACCUUCGACCACGCCAAAGGCAGUCCCUCCUCAAUAUCUUUCUAUAAAGAAGAGUUGCCUGGAGGAGCACCUAACGCGACCAUCCCUCUCCUCAUCCGAGCCCGGAUGGCCAAUUUUGACGUGCGACGCAUAUUGGUCGACCAGGGAAGUUCAGUGGACAUCAUGUACUCCCAAUUGUUCAAAACAUUGCAGCUGAACGACAGUCACCUUACACCAUAUGUAGGAUCGGACUUACAAGGAUUCAAUGGCACAGUAACCAAGCCGUGGGGAUUCGUGGAACUCAUAGUUUCGAUCGGGUCGGCAGAGACCACCAGGGCAGUGAAAGUCCAAUUUCUAGUCAUCGACUGCCCAUUAAUAUACCAGUGCAUCCUCGGAUGCCCCACUCUGGCUGAACUAAUCGCGGUUCCCUCAACCGUACACCUCAAGCUCAAAUACUAUACGACCAAAGGACAAGUAGCAACACUCAACGACGACAUCGAAGCAGCCAGGAGGUGUUUUGAAGCCUCCGCCAAGGGCCUGAGCGCGAUAAAGAUACCGGCCCAAGAGAAGACAGCAACCAGCGCUACUUCAGAAACCAACAAAUCUAUGCCCCGCAUCAACAGUCGUUUUUUGGGAGAACCCGAGUAG